AAUUGGAAUUUAAUUCUUUGUCACAUUCAUAGUAAGAGGUUUUUCAUCCUAAUGAUGUUGAUAGAUCAUAUGGAGAACGAAGACAGUAUUACUUUCCGAGGAAGAAGAUUCAUUGCAAAAUGCAUCUUUAAUGUUCUGAGAAUCGGUCCAAUCCCGAAUCAUAUUGCUUUCAUAAUGGAUGGAAAUCGAAGAUUUGCAAAGAAGAGAAAUAUGGCAGAAGGGGUUGGUCAUGAAGUUGGAUUUCAGACCCUUAAAUCCAUGAUUGUCUUCUGCUUGGAACUUGGAGUGAAAUGCGUUACUGCUUAUGCGUUCAGUAUUGAUAAUUUCAGAAGAAAACCGGAGGAAGUUCAGAAGCUUAUGGAUCUGAUGAUGGAGAAGAUGAAACACCUCACCGAAAGAGAGAGUUUUGUGCAUCAAAAACAGGUGAGAAUUCACAUUGCGGGUAACCUCGAACUCUUGAAUCCACCACUCAGGGACGCAGCUAAGAGGCUGAUGGAGGUGACCGCUGGUUAUUCUAAGGCUGUGCUCACUAUCUGUAUUGCUUACACUUCCAGCAAUGAGAUUGUUCAUGCUGUUCGAGAAUCCUGUGAAGAAAAACGCAAUUCAAUAGAAGAUCAAACCAAGGAUGUGAGUUUAGAUUUGGUGGACAUUGAAAAACAUAUGUACAUGGCUAUUGUGCCGGAUCCUGAAAUUGUGAUUCGGACGUCGGGGGAGAAUCGCCUGAGCAAUUUUCUGCUAUGGCAGAGUUGUAGCAGCCAGUUGGUUUCCACAGCUGCACUUUGGCCGGAGAUUGGUUUUUGGCAUUUGGUCUGUGCAGUCCUGGAUUUCCAGAGAAAUCACAUUUACCUGGGGAAGAAAAAGAAGCAAAUAUAACCAAUAAUUUAAGUAAUUCAGUGAUAAUAAGAGAUUCUGAGUUCA